CUAAUACAGUUUCCCAAAACGUUGCUCGCUCGUCUAUUCCCGUGAUAGAGCGUGUGUCAGGCUGUUCACAGAGCAAACUCAUUGCAAACCCAGCGUUCAGCUCAAUUCCGACUCGACAGCUUCUUGCGUGGUCCUGUUGGCGAGCUGAAUGCCGGACAAAUUUUCUUCUGUAGCUAUUCUUCUCUCUGACACUGCAGAACAGCACCUUGGAGACGCUUUCUGACCGGUAUUAGACACCAGCUACGAAUGCUUAUCGAGGUUGUGCUCAGCCAUCUGCUUAUAUCGUGUCAUAAACCGUGCCCGACUUUAGACAAGCACAGGUAUGGCGUCUCUGAACGUCGUCGCGCUCAUCUCUGGCGGCACAAGACGCAGAAGACCUGGAUAGUUUCAUGUAUCAAACCAUCGGACACGCCGUGAUACCAUUAUACGAGAAGGCUCUCGGGCUGCCCCUGUAUCGACAAGAGAUUCAAGGCACUGCGACUGUACAUGAGAGAGACUAUCACCAUGGCGACUCGGAGGACGAGACCGAAUCGCUAGUACCCCUGCUACACAAGGUGCUUGCCGCCCACCCCGAAGUCAAUGCAGUUAGCACGGGAGCCAUUCUGUCGGACUACCAGCGCACAAGAGUCGAGUCUGUUGCCUUGCGAUUAGGCCUGACGCCUCUAUCCUACCUAUGGCAGUGGCCUUCACUCCCGCCCCAGACUCCCACCUCCCUUCUCCAAGAUAUGGCAGCUGUAGGUCAAGAUUCACGCAUCAUCAAGGUGGCUUCAGGCGGCCUGGACGAAAGCUUCCUUUGGCAGAACGUCGCCGAAGCACGUAUCAUAUCUCGCCUGAGCAAAGCUGCAGAACGUUUCGGCACUACUGGAGAUGGCGCAGUACUAGGCGAAGGUGGCGAAUUCGAAACUCUGGCCAUAAGUGGACCGGCGCCCUUGUGGAAAGGAAGAAUCACGAUCGCCUCUGAAGACAUUGAUAUAGUGCCCGGAGAGGCUGGUAGUGCCUCUGUGAAACUGAGAAAGGCUUCUGUCGCUUUGCACAGCGCAGAGCACAGUCAAGCCUUAAGCGCACCCGCGAUCCGCGUGCCACCACUUCUCGAUACGGAAUUCGAUCAGAUGCUACAAUCCCUCAAGUCAAAGCAAUCCUUCGAGCCAGACGACACCAUUAGAGCCUUUUCCCGACCACCGGUCUUGCCAGCUACUGGAGGAGUCGACCAGAUCGAGACUGGCGCGGAACUUCUGACCAAUCUUACUGCUGAAGGCGCAACUGCAGCCAUGCAGAUGGGGGCGAUAAUGGAUGGUGCAUUGGUCACACUUGCUCGCAUGGGUCAUUCAAUACAUGAUGUUGUAAACACGAUCAUUGUGCUUCGAGACAUGCUUGAUUUCACCGCGGUCAACCCGGUCUAUGGGAGUUAUUUCAGCAGGCCGAAUCCGCCAGCCAGGAUCACUGUUGCAUGUGCUGAUGUGCUACCGCGUGACGCACUGUUGACUGUGUCCAUGGUGGUGGCGCCAGGCGAAAGGGAAGGGUUGCACGUUCAGUCGCGAUCAUACUGGGCACCUGCAAAUAUUGGACCUUACUCGCAGGCCAUCAAGCAACGACCGUCGGGAGAGACGGCAGGCGGCCAAGUCUACAUCGCGGGUCAAAUCCCACUCGAACCGGCCAGUAUGCAGCUUCCUGCCAGCCUAGGUUCCCCGAAAGAGCCGACUGCAGACUUCACAUUGCAAAGUGUUCUCGCACUACAGCACUUAGACCGGAUUGGUAAAGUCAUGAAGAUGAAGCAAUGGACUUACGGUAUUGCGUUCCUCGCCUCAUCUGGAGUUGACCAGACAGUCAUCGCACGACGUAGCGAUAUUGCUAGACACGCAUGGAAGGAAUACCACUCUUUGUCAUCAGGAAGCACGGGGGCUGCAGAAGUCAAUGAGGACGAGAGUGAGGACUUUGACGUGUGGGACCAGCAGCGAGGCUCACGCCAACGUGGCUGGCAGUCAUAUGUGUCUGCUCCUGAAAAUCACACCACUCUCGAUGAAAGACUUCCCAGCCCGAUAGCGCAGAUGUCGGUAGUCACAUCCGACUCUCUGCCCAGAGGUGCGGAUAUAGAGUGGGUGGGUUUUGGUAAUAGCACGGGCAACCAGGGAUCCACUCUGCCUGCGCAUCUCGCCAGUCUAUUACGGAGCUUCGAGCAUCGAAUCAUUCCAUGAUCACUGGGCAGGGUGAUCCACGAGCGCAGUGUUGAGACCAGCAAUACCUAAUGGACCGGCAAGUGUGGUAGCACAAUACUGGUACCUGUACAUGUAUCCUUCGUGGUCAUGACGACUAACGGGGGCCCAAGUCCCACCGGCCUCCGUCCCCACCCCACCCUGCCCCGCGUUCAACGCCUCCUCCUCGCGUACCGGGCCAAUCGUGCACAAGUGCCAUUAUGCCGUGCACAACUCGAGUGUGCCGAGUCGAUGUGAUGCAUUGCUGCGUAAGACGAUCGAGUGGUGUUGCAAGGCCAGCAAUGCGAUGUGGUGGGGAAACUAAUACGCUACCAGUAUGGCUUGGUAUAGGUGGGCGUCAAUAUGUGCAAGCAACACGGAUACACGCCCCUUUCCUGCUUCUUGGUCGCCCACGACGGCAACAUCAGCGACCCACCUGCUGCUUGCUUGGCUCCUCAGAUGGCACCUCCGCACGUCCGCUCAGAUGGGGACGGGAUUUGGUUAUGGGUAGAAAUCCUGGCCUUGUCCGUUCCACAGUUGCACUAGGAGGUAGAUGGACGGCGGUAGGAGGUAGAGAUAGCCCACACCUCAAUAAUGGAUCCGAGGCUACAGCUCAACUGCCGUCGUUGAUGUUGUCGAAGUAGAAGUAGUAGGUCUUGAUCCUCCUCUCGAUUUGCCUCUGUGCCCGUUUCCUAGUUCUUCCUUCUUCUCUAUCCACGGUCAUCUGCAC